AUGGUGUCUAUUAUACCCAUACCAAAUCCAAUGUUGAGAACCACCACGUUGUCCGGGUCCUCUGCGCUCUUGAACAGACUGUCGCAUCCCGCCUUCAUGAGCUUGUCCUCCCACUGCAUCAUCACACCGUCCUUUCUGUCUGUCAGUAAUGCGUCAUCGGUGUAUUCCAGCUUGCUCUGCAAAAAGGUGGCAUUAUCACCAGCAGGAUCGUACUCUUCUUUCUUCUCCUCUUCUACCGUACCGGCAACCUGUUCCUCCUCAAAUCCGUCAAUCUCGUCCUCGUCAAUGAACUCCACAUUCGACUCCAUAUGGCGCAGGAAAACCUCGGCACGAACACCAGCAGCAACAAUCUGCUCCCAAUAUUUGGAUCCACGGAACCCACGUCUAUCCAGCACACAUCCCGGUGUUUCGUUCUUCGAGCUCACCAGACACCAGCCCGCACCGUUCAGGAAAAGCUCGUCAAUCAUCUGUUCCACAAUCUGCGUCUCCUCGUCCGUGAAGUCCUCCGCAACGUUCUCGCAGAUAAUAUGCAAGGGAGUAGUGGUGGAACUGAGUUCUUCCUCCACUCCGCGCUCAAACUGGUCCACCUCUUCCAAAGUGUACGUUGCUGGGAUUCCAGCAGACAGAUACUCCUUCAGUUUCACCAGAUGGUCAGGUGUGAUUGGCCGUGGCAGUGCACACAGCUCGUUGUUGUCCUUCAUUUCCUGUAGCGCAGAACAUAACGACGUUUGGUCAACAUCGUUCACAGUGGUGGUUGACUGCUCAAACACCUCUGCUGGUGGCUCUCUUGGAGUGAAGAACUUGUCCUCCUCCUCCUCCUCCGACUUGUCGUUUUGCGUGUUGUCCGAAACAACAACGUCCUCGGUCAGAUCCGGCAGCGACACGUCGAACGAGCUGGUGAGGUCGAUGUCUCCAAACAUGUCGGCCUCGUCAACGGGCUCUGGCUCUGGCUCGGGCUGCUUGAACUUUUCGUGCGCUGCCUGCACAGGCGUCACCACCCGAGCACUAGGCUUCUUGGGCUCCGCCGGCAGCUGGCUCAGUGGCCGGGCAUCUCGUAAAACCACAAAGUGGUGUUUCUCCUGGUUCUUCUCUCCCACAGACUUGGUGGUCAGUCGUUUCACCUUCUGCACCAUCGACUCAAUGCUGCGGUCUGCCUCGAACAUAGAGCCCUUGCGGCUGGACAUCACUGCCCAGUUGUCGCCUGGCUCUUCGGUUCCCAGCUUCUGUAGUUUGGCAGUCACGCUUGGAGAAAAGAGCAGGCCCCUUGAGUUUAGUGGAGCGUUCCUCUGCUCCACCACAGCACUGAUACCCCGUUCCUUGAUGUUCUUCUCGUGCUCCGCCCUUUGUCUUCUUGCCUCGCUGAAGUAUCUCUGCAACUGUAUUUCGCGAGCGUUAUCGACAGGAGGUUCGACAGCAGCAGCAGGAGCAGCAGGAACAGUAGCCCUGACUUUCUCCGGUCUCACCUUAUCAAUGUUCAGCCCGAAACUGUCCACAAGAUUGUCGGAUUCGGCAGCAGAGACUUGGCGAAUGGUUGACCGGUCAGAACUCCUCCGUUUCGCAUAA